CUAUAUUAGUCUCUAUUGUUCCGCAUUGCUAACAUCUUCCCUCCGGCUUCCGGCUUCCUCUUUCUCAGCCGCCAUUGUGGUGAGAGGAUUGCUUCGGCUCACCAUGUCAUCCCACAAGACCUUCAGAAUUAAGAGGUUUCUUGCCAAGAAACAGAAGCAGAACAGGCCAAUCCCACAGUGGAUCAGAAUGAAGACUGGCAAUAAGAUCAGGUAUAAUUCAAAGAGGAGACACUGGAGAAGGACCAAGCUUGGCCUGUAAGCUGUGCAGAUGGCAGACGGGCACCCCGUGUGUUCCUUGUGAAGACCUGAUCAACAUCUUGUUAUACAGUUAUUAUAUUUGUAGCAGAACUGGUUUCCUUGGAAAUAAAUUAAAACAGAACUCAA